AUGGAACACCCAGCAUACACAUUAGCAGCUCUAACCACUUUGGGUGGUGCCAUGGGAUUUGCCCGUAAGGGUUCCAAGCCUUCGCUUUUGGCAGGGCUCGCGUUUGGAGGUAUUUACGGCUACGCCGGGUAUUUGCUGAGCAAGAACGCAGACGGUGGGUUGGAAAUCGCACUAGGUGCCAGUUCUUUGAUGUUGGUUACUGGGAUUGCCAGGGGUAUUCCAUCACGGUUCAGGAAGCCCGUUCCAUUGGUUUUGACCGUUUUGGGUGGUUUGGGCACCGCUUACUACGCUAAGAAAUACAAGGAAUUCUAUUAA